AUGUCGUUUAGACGAAAGGUACCUCGUCCUUCGGCUUGCGCCUCAUGCGGAUACCCUUCUGCUAAGAUCAGAUCUUAUGAGUGGGGUCAAAAGGCCAAGCGCAGAAAGACCACCGGUACCGGAAGGAUGAGGUACUUGAAGGACGUCUCAAGACGCUUCAAGAAUGGCUUCAGAGAGAACACUGUAGCCAAGAAGAGGGUCACCGCUAAGACUGACGCAUAA